AUGCUGGUGGCAGGUGUGAAUAUCGCCCUGAAUCGGCCGACCGUCGCCUCCUCGACUGAGGGCGGCAACCCUAAUCUCAGCUCGAAUCGGGCCGUGGACGGAUCAUCGGAGACGCGGUGGAGCUCCGCCUUCUCCGACAAUGAAUGGCUAGCCAUCGACCUGGGGGUAGUUUAUGAGCUCUUCGCAGUAUCUAUCGACUGGGAAGCUGCCUAUGCAAGCACCUACUCCGUGCAGCUGCGGUUGACUGAAGCCGAACCCUGGCACACCGCAGCAGAGGCGGUGAAUGGACACGAGGGGCAGGUUCAGACGAUCUUCCCGGAGCAUAACGCGCGCUACGUCAGAAUUCUUUGUCAGACGAGGGCCACUCCGUGGGGCUGCAGCAUCAAAGAGCUGCAGGUGUUCCCGAGUUACCUUGGCCUCUUCGAGCCCGUAGAUGGCGGCACCGACCGAGCCUGCAGAGGAGAGUCUUCUUCGGACAACUCUCCCGCGCAUUACGCCGUGGUCCAGAAGGACAGCCUGAAACUGUGCAAGAAGGCUUGCGAGGAGACUCCCAGCUGCGUGGGAGUGGAGUACAGUAGCACUCGCUGCGAGCUGUGGACGCGACGUGAUCGAAUCGGCGCUUCCAUCGCGCUGGCCGGGUUCACAUGCCUUCACUUCCUGCGACCAAGCUCCGAAUGCCAAGCCUUCUUCGAAGGGGUGGAUGGCUCGGAGGGACGAGCUUGCCGUGGAACUGGGCCGGGCGACAACUCGUUUACGUACUACUAUGUCAGAAACGCCGAGUCUAUCGACAGCUGUCAGGCGUUCUGUGAGGGGGAUGCAAACUGUGUCGGCAUGGAGUACAGUGCCUCGCGCUGCGAGGUCUGGAUCCGGCCAGAGGGAAUUCAAGCGAGCAUUCAGCUUCCGGGAUUCAGCUGUCGGCGCAUCGUUCGCUGGGGCACCGGCUGCUCGAGCCUCCCGGGCCCCGCAGCCGACCCAGGGCACGAUCCCGUUACCAGCACCUUCAUGGCGGCGGUUUCAACCCCAACAACUUGGAUUGUUUGCGCUUUGGUAGUAUCCCUGGCGCUUCUGGCUGUGUUGGCACUGUGUUGGUGGAAGAAGAGAGCCUGGCCGAGCGACGCCCGGACCCCCACUACCCCGAAGUCCGAUGUCGAGAAGCAACACUUCCUCAUCUGA